UUGAAUCGAAGACUAGAUUCAAAAUCAGUUAACAAACGUAUUCAUACUGUGUGGGCGUGGUGCAAGGCCAUCUCUGUAACACAGCUGGCUAGGCUAGCAAUGGAUCUGAGAACAACUAGAAAGUCCAUUUACAAGAUUGUGUGGCUACUGAUGACAUGUGCUGCACUGCAUGAUAAUGUGGUCUCUGCCCAAUUCUCUGGACUGCAAGAGCAAGCUAUAAUUGUUGGGUACCAUGGUAACCUGUCGUCCAUACAAACACUCCAGAAUGCAACCACCAUCUCUCUCGCGUGCGUUGCUUUUGGACUACCCUCACCGCAGAUCACAUGGCAGUCACAUGACCCGAUAAAUACAAACUACACUGUAAAUAUAACCGAAUUUAAGACCCAAAUUGAGACCAAUGGCACAGAAUUUAGCUACACAAUAUCUGUACUGGAAGUUUGCAACGUGAGCAGUUUUACACAACUGUCCAGUUAUACUUGCAUUGCCGAUAAUGGAGUCGUAUCAGACACAACACCAAUAGGAGAGUUCAAUAGAACAUUUCUUGCGUUCACUGAUUCCGUAACAAUGGGAACACCUGAUCCAGUUACUAUGACAACCAGUGACGAGAUUACCGAUUUAGUCACCAUGACAACGAAUACCACUUUAAAUCCUACUGUCAUUAUGUCAUCGGUUUCUAUGACGACAGUGAUAGUCGUCGUAGCAGUGAUUGUGUGCGUGGUGAUACUGUCUGCAGGAGUAGUCCUCGUAGCAGUACUGGCAUUGAGAAGAAAACAGAAAGUAUUGAAACAGCGUUCAAAUUCAGAAAAUGAGAGAGUGUAUAACAACUCUCUCUAUGGCAACCAGACAGAGGAGCAACAAACGACGAGAAGAAGUACCGAGGACUCGCUGUACACAUGUGAAGCGUACUCCGUUGUACCUGUACGACCAGCUGAUCAUGAGUACGCAUACAUAGCCCCGCCUAUUGCCCUACGCAGAUCAACCCCACCAGGUAACACGGCAUCAGCUGCAGGUGCUGACAGUAAUGAUAUCUCCCUCUACCCGUGUGCUGCCUACAAUCCUGUAGCUAUCAAUGAAAUGCAACACUCUUAUGAAGAUACGAUGACUUAGGCGGCCAUUUUCUGUUGAACUGAGCAUGUGCAGAACUUUUUUUUACAGUUGUUGCGUGGAAUAAAUUAUUACAUUAUAGCAAUUUUGAUGACGAAAAAUUAAUGA